AAUAUUCUGUUGCGUGGGUUUGUCUAUUGUCUGCGGCGCUGAGAAGUGCAGGCAUACAAUGAUAGCACCGGUUGAAUAUACCAUGGACACUAAUGGACUAAAAGUAGUAAACCUUGACAUAGAGUCGGGCAACGGGUACGCCAACAAACCUGAAGUGGACACCAAUCCCAAAGUGACGGCCGCCGCUGCCCUACGGGACAAAUACCAGUGCUCGGCUGAAGAGAAACGAUCCGGCCUGUGUCGGCUGCUAAAGAUCCAGAUGGCUUUUGGUGUGUCGUAUUGCGGCAAUUGUCCAAUAUUCAAUAGCUAUGUGCUGAAAAAGGCUAUACUUAUCAGCUACGACUGUAUCGUUAUUAUCUCGUUUGCGUUGUUUGAAUAUUUUGCCUUUUCUAAUGAUGUGUUUAGCCGCCUGUUUAAUAAGGCUACUAAUAAAGGCAUCAUGAGCAUUUUAUUUGGAUUCGCAGCGUUCUCUAUGGCUAUGGAGUUCUUCGCUAUUAAAACCUUGUUGCUUAAAAAUGGUUGGGAUCUUAUCACUGUACUUCGCAGCAUAGGUAAAAUGUGCAACAGAGGCAUACUAUCAAUAUCCCAGUUCCAGACCCGGCUAAUCGACAUAUUUCUAAUCUUGAUGGCCAUAACAUUUGCCUUUCUAUUGCCCAUAAACUACACAUCUCUGGACCAAUCGAUGACAAGUGUUUACAGCGAAGAGAAACUUAAGACCAUUGGGUUCUUCAUUGUCGGUCUCUUUUAUGGGAUGAAUAAGUUUUCCAUCACUUCUCUAAUGCUGUUCACGGCUUUCGCCAUCAAAAAGCUUAUUAGUGAUUGGACCAAGGGCCUACAAACAAACACCAUCAAGAUCCAGACACUAUGCGAAAAUGUACUAACCUUGCGCACCCUACUAGAGACCACAAACGACCAACUUGGUAUGAUCAUGCUGAUCAAGGUGUUCGUGAAUGCCAUGUUCAUGUCAUCCACGGUAUGCUCGAUGUCGGUCGGAUUUCUGCCCUACAACGCUAUCAUCGGUAUAACUGGAUUCACUGUCACAUCGAUACUGGACAUAGUGUUUUUGUGCUACUCGUCUCAGAUCAUGAUCAACUCGAUGGCCGCCCUGUGCAAGCAGGUGGAAAAGACCUUGAUCACCGAUGGUGUAUAUGGCGACAACGGGACCGAUCACUACAAACAGUUGAAUGUCAUUUUGUCGAUGAAAGACAGCAUUAGGCUUAAGUUA